AUCCCAUUCGUGCAGAUGGAUAACCAGUUCUCUCCUAGGAAAGUUCCAAGUGUUUGCUCCUUCCGCUACGGAUUGUCUCUCCUCUUGCACGUCUGUAACAGUAUCAUAAUGUCACAGCGCAUGUGUCUGAGCCUCACAAUGGUGGUCAUGGUGAACAGCUCGGACCCACACGGUGGACCCAACACCUCCACAGAGGAGAGCCUGGAUGUCAUGAAGAACCCCGUGUACAACUGGAGUCCUAAAACCCAGGGCAUCAUCUUCAGUUCCAUCUUCUAUGGCAUACUCAUCAUCCAAAUUCCUGUUGGAUACUUGUCUGAAAAAUACUCCAUCAAGAAAACGAUCGGCUCUGCACUAUUCCUCAGCUCCCUGUUUAGCCUGAUCCUGCCGAUGGCCGCUGAAGGUGGAGAAGCUUGGAUCAUCGCAUGUCGGGCAGCCCAGGGAGUUUCCCAGGGGUCAGCAUUAAUAGCUCAGCACGCAAUAUGGGUCAAGUGGGCUCCACCCUUGGAACGAGGCCGACUCACCUCCCUGAGUCUAUCAGGGGUUCUGCUGGGGCCCUUCAUUGUUCUGCUUGUGACUGGAUUCAUCUGCCAAUCCCUGGGCUGGCCCGUGGUCUUCUACAUUUUUGGCGCCUGUGGCUGUGGCGUGAGUCUUCUCUGGUUCCUUCUGUUCUAUGACGACCCCAAGACCCACCCGUGUAUAAGCGUCAGUGAGAAGAACUACAUCUUGUCAUCCCUCAACCAGCAGCAGAGCAGCUCAAGAACACGGUCUCUGCCGAUCAAGGCUAUGAUUAAGUCUCUCCCACUCUGGGCCAUUGUUUUCGGUUCUUUUGCUUUCCACUGGACAAACAACAUCAUGCUUUUCUACACCCCAACGUUUGUCGACUCCAACCUUCAUGUGAAUGUAAAAGAGAAUGGGCUGCUGUCAGCCCUCCCCUAUUUGUUUGCGUGGAGCUUUGGUAUCCUGGCAGGUCACGCUGCAGACUUCUUCCUGUCCAGGAAUAUUCUCCGCCUCAAUACCAUCCGGAAGCUCUUCAGCACACUAGGACUCUUCCUGCCUCCCUUCUUCGGUCUGUGCCUGGUUCACCUGAGUUUCAGCUUCUACAGCACCAUCGUUUUCCUGAUACUUACUGGUUCCACAGGAAGCUUUUGUAUGGCCGGACUACUUAUUAAUGGCUUGGAUAUUGCUCCCAGUUAUUACGGAUUUCUUAAGGGAGUUACAAAUGUAAUUGGAAUGAUAGGAGGACUAAUUUCUUCCAUUCUGUGUGGAAUGAUCCUGAAUGAGAAUCCGGAAUCUGGCUGGUUUAAAAUCUUCUUCCUGACGGCAGGCGUUAAUGUGACAAGCCUACUUUUCUGUCUCAUAUUUGGGAAAGCAGAAAUUCAGGACUGGGAUAAAGACAGACCAGAACAAACACGCCUCUGAAGCACUACAUUGUUGUCAUGGUGGCAGAACACCUGGACUUCGCUCCGUUACCCUAGGAUAGCUCCACGGAUGCCCUGACCGAAAAGAUGACAGUGCUGCCCAAGACCCUGCUGGGUCAGCUGCUCUGCCCGCCCAUAGGAGAUGGUAUUUCGGAACAGAACAUGUUGUUCUACAUGCUCUUCGAGUCCACUCACGCUGGCGGAAGACGACAACGUUUGCGGGAAAGCAGCGUACUUGGUGGUACCCUUCCCAUCACUCCUGACCACCCCCCAGAUGCAAGCCUAAGUUCAAGCGUGUCCACGUCCCUAGUAACGUCCAGAGGGGACGCGUGCUCAGUGCGCUAGAUCUUUCUCAGGUCUGGCACGAGGAAGGUACAGGUAGGACCGCCUGUAGGUGCCUCGGUUCUGGACAAGCAUCAGCAGGUAGGGGUCUGGCUGCAAGCCCUCAGUGACGAGGGCUGCGCGACAUCCAUCACCUCGCAUUUAGCGAGAACCGUGACGAUGUCACCUCAUCUCGCACCCCUGCCCUGUUGCUGCCUGAAGCGUCUAGACCACAGGCGGAAACAAGCUGGUUAAAUAACGAGCUACAUUCCUGCUCUCACGGCAUAAAGAUUCUGGGGCUCAGCCCAGGAAUCUCAAACAGCAAAGUGAGGUUUCUGACACGCAAUUUGUAGGUUACUCUCCGUUUCCACCAGAGGUGCCGUAUGAUUUGGCUACACCUGCCAACGAUAUCGGUGCAGAAAGGAAAGAACACUCCCUCGUGUCAACCAAAUGGGCCACCUUCCACCUACCGUGUAUGGCUUCUUUCUAACGUCAGCCCUGUCCCGCCUCCCCCGCCCCUCCAACGCCCACAGCUGGGGAGUUGCUCUCAAAGAAAUCUCCUCCCUUUGGGAAACUGGAAAAGGUGCGCUGUCCAGGCGCGUGGCUGCAGGGGUGGGGACAUGCCCCGGGCUGACCUGCGGCAGGUGAGGAAAUGUCUUUCGGUGCCAGCUGAGAACCGUGACGCAGAAACCUAGUCUCACGCCCCGUUUUUAUUUUUCUCCUGCGAAUGACGGGAGGCUCCUGGAACCGGAAGCUGAGCGCCUUUCCCGACGGGGUGACGGCAAUCGCCGGACUUACCUGCCCCACCUGCAUCCAACCGCUCUGUGCUGCCCAGGCCGGAAGAAUCCUGAGACGCUGCAUCAUUCCCAAGCUUCUAGAAAAGUCAAGCACACGGCCCCCCAAAAGUGCAUUUUUGUUUAAAAUGUAAGAAAAAGAACAAAGCAGAUAAUAAACGACAACAAGUAGCGGCCCCUUUACCACUGUCACACCGACCGUGUCCGGCCUGUCGCCCUGAGGGCCUCCUCCUGGGACACGGUUCUGAGGAGUAAGUUGUUUUUCUGGGUUUGCAGUCAGGCCUCCGGGGUCCCAAGUGUGGCCAGUUCCCACGGGUGACAGGUGCGUGGGUUCCGGGGAAGCCAGUGGGCUUGCUGAUGUCUCCUGUUUCCUGUGGGUUUUUUGUGGAACACCUACGUGUUCUCUGCAGCCCGAUGCUCCCAGCAAUGGGGCACGGACACUCUCUAAGGUGACAGGACCCUCUCCAAGCUGGGUUCCAACAAUCAAGUGUUAAAAGCAGCGGAAACCUUUUCACUCUGACGUACAAAACAGGUGAAAAGGGGCCCAACACGGGCAGGGUCUUCCUUGUCACGGAGCCAGAACCACAGGGACACAGACCGACGGUUCAGGAGGCAGCGGAGGGACAGGCCGGAAUUAAUUUAAAAAAACCCAAGAACUUCAGGCAAAGGGGUUUGUGACGGCAAAGGUGGGGAAGGUUGUCUCAGCCGGAGCUGUGACUUGUGAGGCUGGGAAUCAGCCUCGUGUGGUACAGAAAGUCCCCCUGAGACCGAGGCAUUUAGACACAAAAAGUCCCAUGUAAAGAAAAGUCUAGUGUUUGCUACCAAGAAUCCUACUGACAACGAUAAUCUGCAUCUCCUGUCUAAAAACACAAAUAAG